CGACCCUGUGGAUCAGCUGAAGUUGUAGUAAAUUAAUAUUGCGCCGCGUUGGAUUUAAUUCAUAAGGUUUUAACGAUGACAGAGGGAACAUGCCUUCGUAGGAGGGGGGGACCGUACAAGACGGAGCCAGCGACAGACCUGACCCGCUGGAGGCUGAGUAACAUAGAGGGCAGGCAGACAUGGCGCUAUGUAGAGGACCAGUACACAUCAGACAGGGAGCAGACCAUGCUGGAAGCCCAUUCACUUGGUUUGGAUACGAGUAAGUUCAUCCCUGGCUCUCCCUUGGCCCACACUGCGGUGGAGUCAGCCCUGAAGGGCAUGGCAUUCUACAGCCAGCUCCAGGCAGAGGAUGGCCACUGGGCAGGAGACUACGGAGGACCCCUCUUCCUGCUACCAGGUCUCCUGAUCACCUGUCACAUAACCCAGAUCCCUCUCCCUGAGGCCUGGAAGAAGGAGAUGGUGAGAUACCUGCGCUCUGUCCAACUGGCUGACGGAGGCUGGGGCCUACACAUUGAAGACAAGUCCACAGUGUUUGGCACGGCCCUCAGCUACACCACCCUGAGGAUUCUGGGAGUGGGACCGGAUGACCCGGAUAUGGUUCGGGCCAGGAACAACCUGCACAGCAAAGGUGGCGCUGUGGGCAUCUCCUCCUGGGGUAAAUUCUGGUUGGCCAUCCUCAAUGUGUACAGCUGGGAAGGAAUGAACACACUCCUCCCGGAGAUGUGGCUGUUCCCUACCUGGUUCCCUGCUCACCCAUCCACUCUCUGGUGCCACUGUCGCCAGGUCUACCUCCCUAUGAGCUACUGCUACGCUGUCAGGUUUGCUGCGAAGGAGGACCCCCUGGUGCUCAGCCUCAGACAGGAGCUGUAUGUCCAGGACUAUGCCACCAUCAACUGGCCUGCUCAGAGGAACAAUGUGGCGGCAUGUGACAUGUACACACCACACAGCACAUUGCUCACCGUGGCUUACAUGGUCAUGAACGUGUAUGAGGGCCACCACAGCAGCGCUCUACGAGGAAGAGCGGUCAAAGAGCUGUACGACCACAUACAGGCUGACGACCGUUUCACCAAGUGCAUCAGCAUCGGCCCAAUCUCCAAAACGAUCAACAUGCUGGUGCGCUGGCUCGUGGAUGGACCCUCCUCCGCUGCCUUCCAGGAGCACGUGUCCAGGAUCCCAGACUACCUCUGGUUGGGAUUGGAUGGUAUGAAAAUGCAGGGGACCAAUGGAUCACAGCUAUGGGACACGGCUUUCGCAGCUCAGGCCUUCCUAGAGGCAGGGGCUCAGGACAACCCCAGGUUAGAAGAGUGUCUUAAACACGCCCACCAGUUUCUCACCAUCACACAGAUACCUGACAACCCCCCCGAAUAUCAGAAAUACUACAGACAGAUGAACAAGGGAGGGUUCCCCUUCAGCACGCGGGACUGUGGCUGGAUCGUGGCCGACUGCACGGCAGAGGGCCUAAAGUCAGUGAUGCUUCUGCAGGAACACUGUCCCUUCAUCAGUCAGUACGUCCCCUCAGAGCGCCUGUGUGACGCCGUCAAUGUGUUGCUGAGCAUGAGAAACAGUGACGGCGGUUUUGCCACUUAUGAGACCAAGCGAGGAGGGAGACUGUUGGAGCUACUCAACCCCUCAGAGGUGUUUGGUGACAUCAUGAUAGACUACACCUACGUGGAGUGCACCUCAGCAGUCAUGCAGGCUCUGAGACACUUCCAGCACAUGUACCCUGAAUACCGGACAGAGGAGAUCAGGUCCACUCUGAGAGAAGGAUUGGAGUACUGCCGGAGGGUGCAGAGGCCUGAUGGGUCGUGGGAAGGAUCCUGGGGAGUGUGCUUCACCUAUGGGGUCUGGUUCGGCUUGGAGGCCUUCGCCUGCAUGGGUCACACCUACCAUGAUGGCAGUGGUGUGUGUGAGGAGGUGCAGAGUGCCUGUGACUUCCUGGUGGCCCACCAGAUGGAGGAUGGGGGCUGGGGCGAGGACUUUGAGUCCUGUGAGCAGCGUCGCUACGUGCAGAGUGCUAACUCCCAGAUCCACAACACCUGCUGGGCCCUGCUGGGCCUCAUGGCUGCCAGGUACCCAGAUGUACAUGUGAUUGAGAGAGGAAUACAGCUGUUGAUUGACAAGCAGCUGCCCAAUGGAGACUGGCCACAGGAAAACAUCUCGGGCGUGUUCAAUAAGAGCUGUGCCAUCAGCUACACCUCCUACAGGAACGUCUUCACCGUGUGGACGCUGGGACGUUUCUCAAAACUCUACCCCUCCAGCCCUCUGGCCGGGAAGGUCAAGCUGUGAGGUCAGGGGUCACCUAAAGGUCAAGGGGUCAGCAGAGAUGAGAACAGUGCCCUUUCUAAUCUCUACAUAAAGAACGGUCGUAAACAGGGUUGGGGAGUAACGGAUUACAUGUAAUCCAUUAAAUGUAACUGAUUAUAAAAAUGUUUUUACCUGUAAUCCGUUAACAGCUAAAAUAUUGUAUUCAGAUUACAGAUACUUUUGAAAAACUAGAUGAUUACUUCUAGGAUUACUUUUUCUUAAUGGCAUUCAAAUGAGCUUAAGUUUGUUCCACCUGAGAGAGUCUGACCACAAGUCAGAGACCACUAUGAUGACCCACCAAAUGCGUUUGAUGGAUCGCGGGAAAAGAGCAGGAAUAAGCUUUUGUAGGCUACAGUCCAAGUUAUGUCUUCCAAUGGUGUGACUGUCGGCAUCAAAGAUUAUACAUCCAACUUGAAUAAACGCUUGGAGGUAAGGACGA